CCAUUAGCCAAACAACGAAUUAAAUUGGUCCAUAAUUGACAGCUCUCUACUCCAAAGACUAGAAACUCUCUCUCACCACUCUUCACUAUAAAUACUUUUUGGGCAUUCAAUCCUCAAAUCAUCUCCUCUCAACUAAACCUCUAGUUUUGCUCUUCUAAAACUCUUCUUCCUUCUCUAAUCAAAGAGGGUUGUGAGCUAGUCUGACCUCAUUGAUCGGACUUGGUGUUGGUGGCAGUUUUGGAUCAUUGAUGAGAACUCAAUAUGGCGGCGACCCCCCUAGUAGGGAUCGUCUUUGGCCACAAUUGUUGCUAGCAUUGACCAUAGUGGUUGCUUCAAGCAAUGUAAUCUCGGCAGACCCUUACAUCUACUCCUCUCCACCACCACCACCAUAUGAGUACAAGUCACCACCACCACCCUCUUUGUCUCCACCACCACCUUAUGAGUACAAAUCACCUCCACCUCCCCCUUAUGUGUAUAAGUCACCACCCCUACCAUCACCUUCUCCGCCACCACCAUACACCUACAAAUCACCUCCACUACCAUCACCGUCUCUACCACCACCAUACUAUUACAAAUUACCAUCACCUCCUUCGCCUUCUCCACCGCCACCAUACCAAUACAAGUCGCCACCUCCACCCUCUCCGUCUCCACCACCACCUUACUAUUACAAGUCCCCUCCACCACCCUCUCCUUCUCCCCCACCACCCUAUUACUACAAGUCCCCACCACCACCUUCACCCUCUCCUCCAUCUCCAUACUACUACAAGUCCCCUCCACCACCUUCUCCUUUUCCCCCACCACCCUAUUACUACAAGUCUCCACCACCACCUUCACCCUCACCUCCACCACCAUACUACUACAAGUCUCCUCCACCACCCUCACCUUCACCACCACCACCUAACUACUACAAGUCUCCCCCACCUCUCUCUCCGUCACCACCUCCACCAUACUAUUAUAAAUCACCUCCUCUACCAUCAUCCUCGCCCCCACCACCUUACUACUACAAGUCUCCCCCACCUCCCUCUCCAUCACCACCUUCACCAUACUAUUAUAAAUCGCCUCCUCCACCAUCACCUUCACCACCUCCACCAUACUACUACAAGUCCCCACCACCCCCAUCUCCAUCUCCUCCACCACCAUACUACUAUAAGUCCCCACCACCUCCAUCACCAUCUCCCCCACCACCAUACUACUACAAAUCCCCACCACCACCUUCCCCAUCUCCUCCCCCUUCAUACUAUUACAAAACCCCACCACCACCGUCUUUGUCUCCUCCACCUUACUACUACAAGUCCCCACCACCACCAUCACCAUCCCCACCACCUCCCUACUACUACAAGUCCUAUCAGUUUGAACUGAUAUAG